AUGACUGGACAAAUGUUUCAAAUUAUUUUCGCGUUCAUGUGUAUUACUGCUACCAUUUUGUCUACCGGUGCAUUUGCAAUCAAUAUACGUACACCCAUAAAACUGGACAAUAACGGAUAUACUGGUUUGUUGAUAGCGAUCCAUGAACGGGUGCCAGAAGACUUAGCAAUAUUAGACAGGCUUCAAGUGAUAUUCACAGAUGCCUCGAAAUUCUUGUACGAGGCGAGUCGCCACUACACUUAUAUUCACGACGUCACCAUCCUCCUUCCAGAAACAUGGAGUGACAACCCAUUUUACGAGCGUGCUACGUGGGAGACGUUCGACAUUGCCAAUGUAUUAGUGGACGAGGAGAAUCCCCAAUGGGCGCACAAUCCCUACACAAAACAAACUCUUCCUUGUGGAAAACCCGGAGAGUAUAUUCAUAUCACACCAAAAUGGAUUACUGAUGUCGAUUUCAGUACAUACUUCUGGGGAGAUUCAGGUACGUUCAUUUACACUCAGUUAGACACGAAUGACAGACUGAAUCUGUUGGUGCAGGCUGCUACGCGAUAUAUUCGCCAUACGUUACCUAUGGGUAGUUGGUUGGGCAUGGUGGAAUUCAGUACAUGGUCGAGGAUUACGACCAACUUGACCCAGCUGACCGACGAUCAAAUAAGGGAAGAUCUUAUAGAUUUGCUGCCCAAAUGGGCCAAUGGCAAUACCUGUAUUGGAUGUGGUAUACUGGACGGCAUUCAGGUUCUCUUGGAAUAUAAUACCACGAAAGGAGGGGUAUUAUUUGUCAUCACCGAUGGCCAAGAAAACGAAAAACCGUAUAUUAGAGAUGUUAUGGACAUUGUCGUGGAAGCGGGAAUUGUGGUGGAUACAUUGGCAUUCAGCAAGCAGGCUGACGCACAACUUACUAUAAUUUCUGAGAUCACCGGUGGCAGAGCAUAUUACAGUCCUGAAUCAUCCAACUCAACGGCACUACAUGAUGCAUUCUUUACAAGUGUCGUUGACAGGGAACUAAGCGACAAUCGAGCGCCGGUGCAGAUAACAAGUAAAAUUGAAUUAGCACCUGCUAUGGGAACAGUACAAGAUUACACUAACAUUGACUCGACCAUCGGCUCAGAAAGCAUUUUUUUCUUCUUCAUCCGAGAGUUUAGUACACCGAGAAAUGUGCUGACUGUUGAGCUAACGUCGCCAUCGGGAAGCGUGCUUAUCGACAAGGAUUCACCAGAAUAUAGAUAUGAGCACAGAACCAGAACCGUAACAAUAAGUAUGCCAGGACACAUUGAGACUGGUAGAUGGACAUAUCUUAUUCAAAACAGUUACCAAGAUGUUAUACCAGUAGAGGUUUCUGUAGAAUCAAAGGCCGCAGACGUCAAGGAGGGUCCAAUGAAGCUCACGUCGACAGUUGGCACUCCCGUCAUUACUGAAACACCGCCAAAAACGGUAAUUUAUGCAGAGUUACGAAAAGGCCACUCGGCAGUAACACGUGCAAAUGUGGUAGCCGUUGUUGAAAGACCAGGAAGUAACGAUGACGUAACCAUGCAAUUGAUGGAUAAUGGAAUGGGUGCCGAUAUCACCAAAGACGAUGGCGUAUACUCGGCGUAUUUCUUAGACUUUGUGAAAACUGACGAUUGUAUCGUAGCAUGCCGGUAUACAGUUACAGUUGAAGCCAGUGACUUACACGGUGGAGCUGGCAUUCAGUCAUUCACCUACGGGAGCGGAGCUUUACCAACAAAUUCCACUGUGAUACCGUCCAGGUCCACUGAACCCCCAACACCUAUAGGAGAUUUCGACCGUAGUGCAUCGGGUGGCGUCAUACAAAUUGACGACAGUAUUGUUAUAACGGAGGAAGAUCUCCAGAAAGAUGGAUUCGCGCCCUCUAGAAUUACGGACCUUAGAAUUGUAAAUUUUACUCUCACCGGUGUGGUCCAAUUAGGUUGGACGGCAACGGGUGAUGACAUGGACAAAGGAACUGCGGCAUACUAUGAUCUUCGUAUGAGUACGACGUUUGCGGAACUAUUUUCAGUCUUUGGCGAGUGUUUACAGAUACAGGAAUCUAAUUUAACCGACGGAACUCUCUUAUCACCACUUCCAGCAGGCUCCCCUGAGACUGUCACUAUUCUAAUGCCAAAUAGCAACAGCAUAAAUAGAACAUAUUACUUCGCUAUUGUGGCUGUUGACGAGGUUGGAAGCCGGUCCGUCACAUCAAACUUCGCAUCGGUGUCAGCUGCAGCGAUCGCCCGUGAACCUGUACCUAAUUCCUCGGCAAAGCUAGACGUGUGGCACAUUGUUUUGCUUUCUGUUCUCUGUGCGGCAAUACUUUCGAUUGUUAUCUUCGUUGUUGCUUACGUGAUUAACAGGAAAAGCAGAAGCAAAAAUAGAGUUCGUCCGUUUGAAGAAAAUGACACUGUAACUCGUGGCACAGCGACUCCUUAA